UGGACACUAACGUCAUCGUAGAAGUGUUUCGGGUUGUGGUCUGCUACUGUGUCUGGCAGCAGUUAGCUCGUUGUUCUUUCUGUCCAAUUGUUACCCAUUGUAUUUACACCUGCUCUGAAAGGUGAUAUUUAUGCAAACAAGAUAGACAUUUGUUUUAUAUUAUGGAUGCAUAUGACGUGAUAGUUAACCAGCCUGUUGUUAUCGAUAACGGUUCUGGUUUGAUCAAAGCAGGAUUCGCUGGUGAUCAAGCACCCAAAGCACAUUUUCCAAAUUAUGUUGGAAGACCAAAACAUGUUCGUGUGAUGGCUGGAGCCCUGGAGGGGGACAUGUUCAUUGGACCAAAUGCAGAGGAGCAUCGUGGUCUAUUGAGCUUAAAAUACCCAAUGGAACAUGGAUAUGUCAAUGAUUGGUCUGACAUGGAACGUGUUUGGCAGUAUGUCUACAGUAAAGAACAGCUCAACACUUUUGCAGAAGAACAUCCAGUGCUUCUUACUGAAGCACCUCUCAAUCCCAGGCACAAUAGGGAGAAAGCAGCAGAGAUCUUUUUUGAUUCUUUUAAUGUUCCAGCUCUGUUUGUAUCCAUGCAAGCUGUUUUGAGCUUGUAUGCAACUGGUAGGACUACUGGUGUUGUUCUCGAUUGUGGAGAUGGUGUUACUCAUGCUGUACCUAUUUAUGAGGGAUUUGCCUUACCACAUUCAAUUAUGAGAUCUGAUUUAGCAGGAAGAGAUGUUACCCGAUAUCUUAGGUUAUUGCUACGGAAAGAAGGGUACAUAUUUCGCACUAGUUCUGAAAUGGAAGUUGUUCGCACUCUGAAAGAACGUGCUUGUUAUUUGUCUGCAAAUCCACUCAAGGAGGAGAGUAUUGCAGAUGCCGACAAGGCUACAUAUGCACUGCCAGACGGAUCUAGUAUUGAAGUAGGUGCUGCACGUUUCCGCGCACCCGAAGUAUUAUUCCGUCCUGAUUUGAUUGGGGAAGAGUGUGAAGGUCUGCAUGAAGUCUUGGUCUUCGCAAUACAGCGAUCAGAUCUGGAUUUAAGGAAAACUUUGUAUCAUAACAUAGUUCUUUCUGGUGGAUCCACUCUUUUCAAGGGCUUUGGUGAUCGCCUGUUGUCUGAAGUAAAACGACUAGCUCCUCGUGACGUUAAAGUUCGAAUGGCCGCUCCUCAGGAGAGGCUCUACUCUACAUGGAUUGGCGGUUCAAUCCUUGCGUCACUUGACACUUUUCGGCAAAUGUGGGUUUCCAAGCGAGAAUGGGAUGAAGAAGGUGCACGAGCAAUUCACCGCAAAACCUUUUAAUUUUUUUAUUUAAAAUGUAUUUGGGCUUCUAAUCCUUACAAGCAAUCCAUUGUUUACUCUGUUCCUUAAUUAUCCCUUUUCUUAUUUUUCUGCUCUUCUCCUAAAUUUAAAAGUGGAAGAUGAUGUAACAUGAAUGUGCACACAUUUCCGGAUUUCCCCUUAUUCUACUGCAGCUGAAAAUAAAAUACAGUCAAGUCACCAGUUAAA